AUCCACGCCCUUGUUAGUGAAGGGGUCAAAACAGUUGAUGAAAUGAAAAGGCACUUGCGACACUAUGUCAGGAAUGAUCUUUUUGCUGGUCAGAGUCCCCCACCAGUCACAAACAGGCACUAUCAUCCCAAGGCUGUGGAUAUCAGGAACCACAUGUAUAAGGCAACUGUAAAACAGAUGGUAUCCAAGGCUGACGAGGAAAAUCUUGAAGAGAAAAUUAAGGGGUGGAAAAAAGAGAAUCCUGAGGAUCUCUUUUUCUUUAGACCUUACACCCUAUCCCCUGUGGAAGCUGUGCCUGGCAACACCUAUGACACAGAUAGCAGUGUUGAAGCUCAUACCACUCAAAACCUCCUAUUUUUUCAUCAAACAGCUUGGCAGAGGCAUUUGAUGAGCAGAUAUGGAAAUGAAAUCAUGCUCCUGGAUGCUACAUACAAGACCAUGACAUUUAAGCUUCCAUUUGUCUUCCUUGUUGCUAAAACCAAUGUUAACUAUACAGUUGUUGGGGAUUUUAUAACCCAAAAAGAAACAACAGCUGCAAUAGUGGAAGCACUGAAAAUAUUACGUGCCUGGAUUCCCAAGUGGAGACCCCAGUACUUUAUGACAGACAUUGAGUCUACAUUUGAAGGAUUGUACAGUGUUUAUGCAAUAAAGUUUUAA